AUAUGUUGCACGCGAACUCAUGGCGAAAUAAGGAAAGGAACGCGACCGAGUCGGCAGACCGCGAUUGUUGAAGGAGAAAGGCAAUGCACACGUGCUCCCGUGUGCGCCAUCGAUUACUUCAUGCGGGCGCUAAAGAAGGAAAUAAUAUCGUAUCAUUGAAAUUCUCAAUCUAAGUUUUUACUUUCGCUCUUGCUCAACUCCCGACAAUGGCUUCCACGAAUGAUGUUUAUCUUGUUAUUGGAGGCAGUGGCUUUGUAGGAAGGCACAUCGUUGAGCAACUUCUCCGUCGUGGAGACAACGUUUCCGUAUUCGACAUUGUACAGCGGUACCACGACGUGCCAUUCUACUCAGGAGAUAUCAGUGACAAGGAACAAGUUUCUACUGCGCUCAGAAGGAGUGGAACGACCUGUAUUAUACACACCGCUUCUCCUCCUGCCGGACUCAGCGACCCCGCGUUGUACUGGAAAGUCAAUGUUGAUGGAACAAAAGCUGUCAUUGCCGCUGCAGUCCAGAACAAUGUACGGAAGCUCGUUUUUACGAGCUCAGCUGGUGUCGUCUUCAAUGGAAACUCCUUGACCAACAUAGACGAAAGACUGGCUCCUCCAGAACGGCCGAUGGAUGCCUACAAUGAGUCAAAACAAAAAGCAGAGGAAGCAGUGAUUGCUGCGAAUGGGAAGGAUGGACUUUUGACUGUCGCCUUAAGACCUGCUGGUAUUUUUGGGCCCGGCGACCGACAAGUAAUGGCAGGAUUAUACAAGGUGUACGAAGAUGGAAAAACUCAUUUCCAGAUCGGAGACAACACCAAUCUCUUCGAUUGGACUUACGUUGAAAAUGUCGCACACGCCCACCUACUCGCAGCUGACAAGUUGGACGUUCCUCCGCCUGCACCUCCCUUCUCCACACUCGAAAAUAUUCCUCUCGAAGCACCUCCACUCACGGAAGCGGAGUUGGAAAUCACCACUCGCCCUCUUCCUCCCUUGGAUCUCACUGUCGGUCGACGCAGUAUACCUACAUCAGAAGCUCGUCCUUUAGGUCCCUAUGUAACUCCACCACCAGAUGCUGAGAAACUUGUAGCUGCUUUCGAGGAAAAGCGAGAAAAACCUGAAGGACGGCCCGUUGUGCGAACUCGGUUUGAUCCACUCUCAGAACCGAAUCUUUUCCGGGCAAAAUUCGACAACCCUGACUCCACACCUUUGCAAGUCGCUGGCCAAGUGUUUUACAUCACCAAUGGCGAGCCAUGUUAUUUCUGGGACAUGCCCAGGCUAGUGUGGAAUCACCUUGAUACUAUGUUCCCUGGACAUCGUCAAAAGCGUGGAUAUACCGUGCUCUCUGCUUCCCUCGGAUUAGCCCUGGCUUUUGGAGCAGAGUGCUGGGGAUGGGUGAUCGGGAAAGAGCCCGCUUUGACAAAGUUCAAGGUCACCUACAGUUGUGUAAAUCGUUUCCACAAUAUUGAAAAGACGAGAAGAGUACUGGGAUAUGAGCCUCAGGUCGGCCUUGCCGACGGUGUUCAAAGAAUGGUCGACUGGUGGAGGACGGAGUAUGCUUCAGGCACUCACACAACUACUCAUUAGCCUGGACGCACACUUAUACCCAUAUAUAUUUGUACAUAGAUCCUCAUAAUACACAGCGAGAGCUGAAUCACUCAAAUGACUGUAUAGACUGGGCGUCUGAACACAUAAAAUUUUUAGGAUGAGUCUUAUUUGCAUUGAUUACAACUCAUUUAUGUUUGCUUUCGUAGAUUUCAACGUUUGACCACUGUCGCAUGUAAGCCUACUCCAGUUCGGAUGUGUUCUACCAUAUAUCCACUAUAUCGUUCAACAAU